GCAUGAACUUGAACUGUGUCCAAAGCGUUACCUACGAUCUUUCAAGGAUCUUUCAAGGAUGAAACCUCGCCUGCCAUAUGCACGAGUGUCGCACUGGUGGCCAGUGUGUGUCCUAACUUUUGUUGUCAAAGAACUUCAAGUCAAACGGUGAUGCCAAAUCUUGUUGUUCCUCGAGGCGAUACUAGACACAAGAACUUCAACGAAUCCUACGUAUCCACUUAUCUCCUUGCGAUGGAUCAAGAUAUUCACCUUCUCGACGACGAAUGUUACUCGCGGUUGGUCAACAAUUCGUAUUGGUACAAGAAACACAUAAAUGCCAACCUGAGGAUGGAUAUAACCCCGCAAGAUCUCCUUUCAUUCGACAAACCCGAACUUGAUAAGACUUCGCUACUACACACCACAGUCCAGCGAUGUCUCCCAUACAUUGAGCUACAGGAUGCUAUAAUGAACCCGACCUCCUUCAUAGACCCACUGAGAGCCGAGAAAAUACAUUUGGUCACUAUAUUUGAACAAGUCACAGUACAAAUGCCGCCCCUUGUCCUUAUCUUGGCCGAAGACUUUGCAGAGCUCCGCUCUAUCCGCGAAAUUGUCCUGGGUCACGUAGACUUAUACUGGCAACCGACAUCUCAACAAAACCUCCGCGUUCUCAAGAUCUUGAAUUUAUCUCAAUCUGAUUCCGCUUCCGACUCAUCGAGCGAAUUUCUCAACAUAUUACGAGUAUGUCCUAUGCUCGAAGAGUUGAUUCUGGCGAACAUUCCUCCGAUUCGGGACGACGUAGCAACUUGUUAUAUACCCCGAGCAAAUCUCCCGAAGCUAAAGGAUAUCCGUAUCCUCGGCACUGUCACUAAUAUUCGCACUCUGCUGGCCAAUCUCAAGGUCCCCAGCUCAGCAAACGUCUACCUCAUGCCUCACGUCGAGAAGAAUGGUCAAGAGAACUUUACUGACUGCUUUGAUCUCCCUGCGACUCAUCAAUUCUUGCCCUUGCACGAGGUCAACGGUGUUGUCAUUACUUCGGGCCCACAACGCGGUGGUUUCAUUGUCGAAGGCUUUCCCUAUCCGGUUAGGUCAUUCGGCAUUGAUCCAUCUAGAAGUUAUGUCGCACACUUUACCAUUGAAAUCCAGUACGAGGGUGAAAAAAUCUGGCUUGGUUCUAGUAUGCGAGGCUCGUAUAUCGUGGCGAGGGACAUCGCUCAAGUACCCCCCAUCUUUCCAAAGUCGUCCCAUGUCACGCUUCGGUGCGAUACUUCGACUGGAAACAUCACCGAGCAAGACUGGAGAAAGGUCUAUUCGAACUUCUCCACCGUGUUCCAGCUUUCGAUUGAAAACAUAGCCGACACUCGCUAUGGAAAACCCAAACAUCGCCAGCCAGAAGUUUGGCUUUCAUCCCUUGGGGUACCAAAAUCAAUUGGUAAUGUGUUAUGUCCCGCUCUGAAUAAUCUUUUCCUCUGUGGCGUUACCGUGGAUCAAGCACUUCUACGUCAGCUCUGCAAAACUCUCGGGGAGCGGGGCCUAUCGUUCAAACUUUGCAUGCUCACUAUCAUUCGUCGCAAUGAGAAUGAGGGUCUUUGUGAACAGGAUUGGAAAUGGCUCACGGGGUAUUCUGGGCUGCUAGGUCUUGUGGAUAAUUUCGAAUAUUACCGGGAUGUUGGUCCUUUCAUGGCCGACGUGUGGUAUAAUGAAUUUGGUGGGUCGGAUUUCGAAGGUUUCUGACACCUAGAACAUUGCGUCAUUCUUGAACGUCCUCUCAUGUAACCCUCUAUCUUGUCACUUGUAGGCUAUCGCGAGCCACAGCGGCCUCAUAUGU